GUAGGAUCUUGAAGGACGAUGACUCCAUCAGCUCCCACGGCCUUAAGGACGGGCACAUCAUGCAUUUGGUUAAGAGUGUUGCUGCUGGAGCUGCGAAUGCGCAGCAGCAGCAGCAGCAGCAGCAACAGCAGCAGCAGCCGCAGCAGCAGCAGACUCCAGCUUCCACAGCUCCUGCCUCCACAGGCGCUCCAGGCGCCACUCCUGGUGUAGGAGGAAUGGACCCAUUCAUGCAAGCGAUGCUUUCUGGAGGCCUGGGCGGGGGCAUGGGGGCCCCCAUGGGGGCCCCCAUGGGGGGCCCCAUGGGCCUGCCAAUGGGGGGCCCCGAAAUGAUGCAAAUGAUGCAAAGUCCUUUUUUUCAACAAGCAAUGGAGUCUCUGAUGCAAAACCCUCAAAUGUUUCGAAGCAUUGUUGAGAGUGUUCCGGCGCUGCGCCCCAUGCUCCCGAUGAUGCAGGGGAUCUUGGACAACCCUGAGCGCAUGCGCGCGAUGUUUAACCCUCAGAUGAUGCAG